GUUCGCUGAUGCAAGCUGGUCGAUGGCGUUCGCGCCGCGGCGAAUAUCAAAGUCACGUGAUUCCGAAGGCGAUCGACCGGUUGAAAUGCUCAUCUUUUGGACCGCGACAACUAGACGUAUAGCAAGGGUCGGUGUCGAGGUGAAGCGCUGAAGGACUGGACUUAGAUUCAGAGUAAAGAGACACGUUAUGAGAUUCUCAACUCGGAAUGCUUUUUAUUUCCGAGCCAGCAAUUAUCGAGUCAUUCCUCUGUUCCUGUACCUCGACGAGAGGCAUGUCGACUGGAUGUCCGAUACGAUCUUGCAGCUUGUCAUACAGGAGCUCCAGCCGAAGAUGCCAGAGUUAUUGCUGAAUGGUAAAUUCGAAAAGAAGCACAAGGUAUACGUCGAGCGAGGAGAGGGCUAUCAAUACUGCUAUUUUCUCCGAACGACAACAAGGACCGAAGUGGUUCUCCUGAAACAAAAAUCAUACUCUCUCCGACCGCCUACUCCUCCUCCUCGCUCGACUCCAUUGCGCGAAGCCUCCGCUCGCUCAUCCAGAAAACGCAAGAAUAGAUCAUCUCGUUCGAGAUCAAGGUCCGUCUCCGUAGCGGGGACAUCGACAGGCGACGAAGAUGGCCCAGAGGGAUCGGAAGAGGUCAAGGACGAGCCACCGUCUACACCGAGAGUCGGAGGACCUGCUGAAGACGAGAGCGAGGAUGUCGAUAUCAAAGAUUGGAAGCCUGAUGUUGAUGUUUCCUACAAAGGUUUCGGCACGUCUUCCGUUCAGCUCGUCCUCAUCAUUGAACCAUAUCCUCCCCUCCCCGCAUCUCAAUAUGCCCCUCCAUCUUCUCGUCUCUCUACACGAUCAGCAUCCAUUGCCACGUCUCGCUCUCGCUCCCGUCAAGUCGGGACGGGCUUACCUCGUAGUUCGAGAUAUUCCACCAGUUCAUCCGUUCUUCCUGAUGAUCGAUCCGAGGCCCUACCGCCAGUUGCAAAUAUGCGUAAUCCUACUCGAUCGAUAUCAGCCACACCCAUUCCCAACUCCAGGCGGGGCGGUACAGCGUCGACUCCAGGUCUAGGUGGUCAAAGUGGUUCAACGCCCUUUGGCAGAAGUUCAGUAACACCUUUUGCUGGACGUGAAACGAGAGAAUCGACAGGUCGCGGUAUCAUGGACCGAAGUGCAACACCACUGUUCAUUCGUGCCGAUACGGAUUUUGAUGAAGAAGAUGAAGAGGCACAUGAGGAGUAUACAGCAGCACUGAAAGAAGGGAGACUACGCCUGCCUUCGGUUUCCAGACCAGCAGGUACGCCUGCACCGGAUGGGCUGGACAAUGGCAGUGGCAGACGAAGUGUCAGACGAUCGUUAGACAUUGACGACGAUGAGGAUGAUGUCCCCGAGAGUCUUGAUGCCAUGUCACAGCGACUCGUUAGGAGCAGCGAGAUUGAAGAACGUUUCACGCGAGUUCAGGGAGGAUGGGAGGAGAGAGAAGAAGGCGAAGAAAGUGCAGUCAUGGGCCGAGAAGAACCCGGAGACUAGGCAGUUGUUGU